AUGACGGGCCUGAACCCGUACUUGCGCCCGAGCGACCUCAAGGAGGGCGACGACUUCCUCCCCGACCGGAUCCUCGAGAUCGCGUGCAUCGUCACGGACAAGAACCUCGAGCCGCUCGACGACGGCGUCGAGUUUAUCGUCCACACCGACGAGAACGUCCUCGAGCGGAUGAACGAGUGGUGCAUCAAGCAGCAUGGCAAGACCGGUCUGACGCAGGCAUGCCUCGACAGCGAGUACUCGAUGGAGGAGGUCGACAAGCUCGUGACCGACUACGUGUCGCAGCACUUCCCUCGAGGCACUCCUGCCCUCCUCGCCGGAAACUCGGUCCACGCCGACCGCGCCUUCAUCAACAAGGACCUGCCGCAGCUGGCGAGCAAGCUCCACUACCGCAUCCUCGACGUGUCGAGCAUCAAGGAGGUCGGCCGCCGGUGGUACCCGAGCCUCGGCUGGCAGAGCAAGAAGGACGAGGCCGAGCACAGGGCGCUCGCCGACAUCAAGGCGUCGAUUGCAGAGCUCAAGUUCUACCGCGAGCACCUUUUUGUUCCGCCUGGCGAGCCGCGGUAG